CUAACAGUGUGCUGGGAAGAGGCAUUUCCCGGCGGGAGAGCGACUGAUUCAUACUAGCUCACUGCCUUCGCUCACCAUGGAAGCGUUCCAGCACCAGCUACUCACUCUUAUUGGGGGUCUGAUCUGUUUCUGUGCUCUGGUAAAAUGCAUCAGAUUCAUGAAAUAUAUUUUCCCACGUGUCUGGAGUGCUUUGCCUGAGACUUUCUUUCGAUCGCUGGGAAAAUGGGCAGUGGUCACAGGAGCAGGAGAUGGCCUUGGAAAAGCGUAUUCCUUUGAGCUGGCUAAGCGUGGAUUAAAUAUAGUUAUGAUAAGCAGAACUCUUGAAAAACUGCAGAGAGUAGCCUCUGAAGUUGAGCAAGCCACAGGUCAAAAGGUGAAGGUUAUACAAGCUGAUUUCACCAAAAAUUCGGUAUACGAAGACAUAGAAAAAAGUCUUCAAGGCCUGGAUAUUGGUGUUCUGGUUAACAAUGUUGGAAUGCUUCAUAAUCCUCUUCCAUGCCGUUUCCUUAAUGGACCAGACAUAGAUGAGAACCUCAUCAACUGCAACAUUAUUUCUGUUACAAAGAUGACAAAAAUAAUUUUGAAAAAAAUGGAGCCAAGACAAAAAGGUCUUAUUCUGAAUCUGUCCUCUGGUCUGGGUACUUUCCCUUGCCCAUUAUACACAAUGUACUCAGCUUCUAAGGCUUUUAUAAGCACUUUCUCCAAAGCACUACGAAGGGAGUACAAGGCAAAGGGAAUCAUCAUACAGGUAGUGGCUCCUUAUGGUGUUUCUACUCCAAUGACAAUGUACCAAAAGCCUGGUCUUAUUACAAAGACAGCAGAAGAGUUUGUUAGUGAAUCACUGGAUUAUGUCACCUUUGGAGAUGAGAUCUUUGGAUGUUUAGCCCAUGAAAUGCUGGCAUGUGUCCUGCAGUUUGUCCCUUUAUGGGUAUUCCACAGCGACAGACUUCAAGAAGCAGUCCUGCAUGCAUUUACCAAGUAUCUGAAGAAAAGCUGGAGGAAUCCCUAACAGUCAUUUUUUCAGAAGAUGUACAAUGGGAAACCCCAGCAGGAUGCAUUUCGCUGUUUAUCUUUGUGUGUGAACAUGGAAGAAAUCAAAUCUGUUUGAGCCCUAACUCCUUCCAAAUCAUUUAUCAAACGAUAAGUGAUUUAAUCUAACGAAUCUACUAAACUAAUUAAUUUCUGUCCCUUUCCAAAGACCAGAAAAUAUGUUAGAGCUGUUCCAAUGACUUCUGUGGGCCUCAGGUUCUAAGAAAUUUAUGUUACUAUUUUAAAGUAAGUUUGGAGGCCACAAAUAUUUAUACUUAUCUGAUAUUCAUUAAUAAAAUGUAUUCUGAUGCUUUCA